AGUUGUGGCUAUGUGUCCGAGUUGAGAGCAGCAGGAACAAGAGUAGGUUCCUCCUCAGUUUCUUCUCUCAGCGUCGUCACAGAUGCACUGGCUUUGUGAGCUCACCUGAUGUCAGCGCCCUCAGGUGGUGUGAGGAGGGUCUGCAGAAUCAAACCCCUCAUGUUCAUGCAGAGAGGAACCCCGUCGUUGAGCUAAAAGGAAGGGACUUGUUUCCGUCAUGGAGGGCGUGGCCAUGCAGAACCUCAUAAACUUUGAAAUUCCGUCAGAAGACGGUGCUCUGAGCGCCAACGCGGGUCACAACCAAGGCCGUGUGGACAUUUUCUCUCCAGAGCCGGAGUCUUCUCUGGGAGUCCAACAGCAGUCGUCACUGCCAGAGCCAAUGACACCAUCCAAGCACAACUCUCACUACCAGCAGCACCACCCAGAGGACGAAGGAGGCAAUGACAGCGACACCACAGAGUCUGCGGACAGCGAGGACGACAUGGACCCGUCCUCUCACAUGUGGGAGCUGAGAAGGUCGUCGUCUUCCUCUGUUCACAGCAGGGAGGACGCCGACGGCGACACGCUGGAGGGAAGACGCUUCAUGAAGGUUUAUGUGGAGAAGGUGUUUCAUGGAAAAGCAGACUUUGACCAGGAAGAGAAGGCUCGUUUUGGAGAGCUGUGCACUGGAGAGAGCAGUAAAGCUCGCGAGUGGUUCGCCAAACACGUCAGUGCACAGCGCUGCCGCUCUACAUGUGUGAGCGAGGCCACUUUCUACAGACUGGUCCAGUCGUUCGCCGUCGUUCUCUUCGAAUGUUACCAGAUGGACGACUACAGUCCGGCCAAAAACCUCAUGACCAUGUGUUUCACCUACUACUACAUUGGAAAGUGUCCACCGUCUCCGUCACAGCUGCUAGACCGCGGCGUCCCUCCCGCUGGUAUGGACUUGUAUCUCAACAAGGCCAACUCCUGGCUAUCGGGGACGAAGGACGCUGCCGUCGGCCUUCUCAAAAACACGUCCAAGACUGACGUCAAAGGUUUCUUCGGAGGCUUGGAGAGCAAGCUCAGGAGCUCAACAGCUCAGAAGACGGGAGAAGGAGAAAGUCCAACUGAGAUGAAGCCCAUUUCUCCAGUGUCUGAGGCUGCAGAGGGGAAGAGAGGGGAGAAAGUUUACCUGUACACACACCUGAAGCAGCAGCCCAUCUGGCACACGCUCAGAUUCUGGAACGCUGCUUUCUUUGACGCCGUUCACUGCGAGCGGAGGAAACGGUCGCCGACCACCAGGAGAACGAAGGAUGAAGAGAAAGACGAGAGGGAGAAGUGGUGUCACAUGACGCAGGAGGAGCGAGACGACAGCUCCAAGAUCGACGAGAACAUCGCGUUCGGUCAGCUGGGGACGUUCACUCACAACAUGUUAGCGUUUGGUCUCAGUAAGAAGCUGUGUAACGACUUCCUGAAGAAACAGGCCAUCAUCGGAAACCUCAACCAAGAACAGUACAAGUUACUGAGUGACCACAUAGAGAAGAUGGCGGCUGAGUGAGGGAGUGCGAGGACAACGGUCACAUGACACGUUACAGUUUCCAUGGAGGAGAAACAACCAACAACCACAAAAACUGAACUGAACUGUGUCAUAGUCGUAGCAGCAAUAAUCAACAUCAUCAUCAUCAUCAAUAUCAUCAUCAAUAUGGUCAAUAUCAUCCUUAUCAUUGAUAUCAUCAAUAUG